AUGAUCAUGCUGUCCCGGUGGGAGUUUGAGGUGUUCCAGCAGCUGUACGAACAGUGGCAGUCGGGCAAGCUCACCGCAGAUGACAUCCGUGCCCGCUACGGUAGGGCCACCAUGGAGCUCUUGGAGUCGCAGCACAUUGUCAUGGGCAGUUCAAGUGUGGACAAUGUUGCGCAGUGUGCAAGCGGGCUCGGAAUUGGUGGUACGUCGGAUACACUGCUUGACACUAUGUUGGCUACCUGUCGCUCGGAGGACAUGGUGAACAAUCGCUCGUGGGAUGUCGAGAAGAAUGGAUCUUUCGAGGAUGUGAAUGGUUCGUGGUCGGAAGGCUGUCGUAGUCUGCGUGCUGCGGAGACUGAAGGCAACAAGGGUGGCAAGGGAUCUGAGUAG